CUCCCUCCUCUGAUGAUGGGCCGGGUUUCAGGUGUGGCCUCGUAUAAAAGUAGAGUCACCUGGUUGCUGGAUUCAUUAGUGUGUGAUUCGGCACAAGGCUUUGGUUUGGGAAUUUUGAAAAUGUAUGGGAACAAUGGAGGAAACCAGUAUCCUCCUGGAUACGGUCAACCACCAAUGCAAGGAGGAUAUCCCCAAUAUCCACCAGGGUCUGUUCCUCCCCAAAACUACCCUUCCCAACCAUUUCCUCCCCAGCCUGGCCAGCCUGGUUACAAUCCUCUAGCCCCACCUCCUGGAAGCUAUCCACAGCCUGGACAGGGCCUGUAUCCUGGUCCUGGCUGCGGGCCUGGACAGGGCCCCUAUCCUGGUCCUGGCUGCGGGCCUGGACAGGGCCCCUAUCCUGGUGCUGGGUGUGGGCCUGGACAGGGAAUGUGUCCUGGUGGUGGGUGUGGGCCUGGACGUGGGCACCAUCACGGGCAUCACGGACAUCAUGGACCUCAUGGACAUUACGGGCACCACCACCAUAUGUUCCGUCGCCACAGACACAGGCAUGGUCACAUGCAUGUCAAUUGUCACAAGAAAGGAAGACAUUGCCGUGGGAACUCCAGCAGCUCCUGCAGCAGCGACUCUGACUAGACUGAGGCUUUGACCAUCUGGACUCAUCAUCUACUGGACCCCCCCCCCCUUAUUAAGGUGAUAUGUAACCAAAGGGACUUUUUUCCUGUUUUGCGGUCAAGUAAGUUUAAAUUGAUCUGCAGCUUUUCUGACAUUAGUUCAACUGCUGCGUCAGUAGAAUCACGGCACGUCAAACAUAACACUUUUCUUUGCCUGUGGCUUUUUUUAGGACAUUUGAUUGUUUUCUGGUCUGCUUCUAUGUAUUGGUAAAGCUUUUUAGAAUUUUCAUAACCCUUUUGAUAAUGAUUAUAUUUUGCAAAGUGAAAUAUGAAAUAAAAUUUUACUACUUUGAAUAAAGUUUUUAACUUGCAGUCACAA